AUGGAUAAGAACUAUGCGAUCGAUGAGACGGGUUUGCCAAACAAAGUGACACAAAUAUUAGCAAUGAUUAAAUGUGUUGUCAAAUGUUUUGUCGAAACGAUCAACAAGAACCAAGUUUGUGAAAAGUUGUUUCCCUGUCUUUACGAUUGCACUAUCGGUCAGAAAUCAAUAUCACGGGAAUUGGAGACAAAGAUCCAGAUGUCUUCGGGCAAAGUGUCAAAGAUCGAGAUGAAAGUGAUCUAUAAAGUGCUCAAAUGCGCUCACCAUUGCAUUCUCGACCGACCCAUCACUGAUUGGCAAUCAUUUUCACACGCGCUCUACUGUUUCACUGAUACCUUAAUAAACUAA